CCCCGCCUCCUCUGCCUCCCUCCCUCCUCUCUGCGCAAGAGGCAGCUCCCGCGGUGCGCCCGCCAGCCGGAGCACGGAAGGCAUUGUAUCAUGUCCAGAUAGGACACUGCCAGUGUGACCAUCAUCCCCAGACAGUUGCUCCAAGGGGCUGGGCUCCCUCUCAGGUGGUUCCCCUGCUUUCCCCAGCAGCCAAGCAAGGGAGAAGAGCUGGGGUAGCUCCACACACGUGGCCUCCAGUCGGUACCUGCAGCACUUCUAGGGAUGGAUUCCAAAGGUAACGUCCGAAGUGGAAACAAACCUGACGUCAAGACCCCCAGCUCUGGAAAGCCAGAAAAGCCCAGCCCUGGGCCUGCCACGAAUGCAGACAAGAAGGAGGUCCCCAAGGAGCAGCCUGCUCCUGCCACCGCCACCAAGAAGGCGGGGGGUGACGCUGCCGUCGCCAACAACCACAGCAACCUGAAACCCAGCCCUGCCGCCACGGAGACACAAGAGGCCACCGGCCAGUCCCCUGACUCUGACCACAAGGGAAACAGCUCCGAGGAGUCACCAGGCAGCAUCUUUGACAACAUGAAGCCCUUGCUCAUCGUGGGAGGAGUGGCAGUGGCCGUGCUGGCGGUGGUUGUGGGAGUGGCCUUCCUAGCCCGGAAAAAAUGAAGAUGGAGACAGGGUGGGGCUGAGGAGCCCAACCCAGCUGUACAGCUCCUUUUGAGACAAAUGCAUGCAGAAAAGUUCUAUACAUACCUAUAUAUAUAGAUAUCUAGAGCGAGCUAGAUAGGUCAACAAUGCACACCAACUGCAACUGCAAGAGUCUUGUUCAAGACGACUGUGCCAGUUUGACCCGGUGUGGGUAACUCCAUGCACUCAGUGUGUUCUUUCAUGUAAUAUAUCUUGGCUUAUACCACUGUGUAUAGAUGACAGCUUCUCCUGAGCGGUGUAAAUGACGGUGUCCCCUCCCCUCCCCUGCUGUCCUCCCCUGGGAGACGCCCCCACCUCUCCUGCAGUCCCCUGUUUUCGAGUCCAGAGUGUUCUACGUCCCAUCCAGAGUCCCCGCUUUGUGUUUUGGUUUCUGUUCGGUUUGUUUUUUUUAAGUUGGGUUGUGGUGAAGAAGAUGUAAGGGGAGAUGGAGCCUCGUGCUAAGACCCAGUUUGCCUGGCCCUGUGUGUGGGGUUGGUGUUCAUCCAGCACCUCCAGGGUAGGAGGAACCCCUGGGCAAAUGCAGGCAAGAGGCAGCUUCUUGACCCAAAAAGCAAAGUGUUGUCUCUGGUAGGUGUCUUGUGUACCUGCUUCUGAAAACCCAACUCACAAAUGCCCCAGAGGAACCAGGCUGGCUGUGGCUGGAGGCUGAGGCUGCUCAGCAAGGUCAUGUGGGCAGCAUUUGGGGAUGGAGAGACUUUGUUUUGGAUCUAGUAUUUCCUAAAGGCAGGCUGGGCUUUGCAGGAUGCUGUGGCCUCAGCCCAAAAUCCCCUGGUCAGCUGGGCUCUUUCUGUUCAUUGCUUUGGGCUCUGGAUCAGGCCUUUCACCUGAUUUUUUUUCCCACUGAAGUCUGUAGUGUCUUGGUACAUGAGAAGGUAGAAAAAGUGGAGACAUGAGCUGGAUUUAGGGGCAGAGAGGACCUGGGAUCCCAUGAGAAUAAGACUGACCUGCUUUAUACCCGGGAAACCCUGUUCAAGGGCACUGUCUGUCCCGGGGGGAUUCCCUCCCUCUUAUGGCAGCAGUAGGGAUUUGUGACUCCUCCAAGCUUUGGAAAUGGAGACAAAUUCCCAGCCUUUGGGAACAGCCUGGUUCCAUUGGUGAGAGCCUCAGCUCUGAAACCAGACCUUGUGAAGGGGGGAAAGAAGGCAGGGGAUGAGAGAGGGUGUUCAGUGCGUUGGCUUUUCCCCUGACACCAGGAGGGGGCAGGUCUCCUCAUUUCAAGCGCUCCCAUGAGGCUGCUCCUGGCUGCCGCCUUACAGCAAAGAAGAGUCACACAAAAAAGCCCUUACGUUUUGGUUUUAAAUCAGGUCGGAGAUGAGAGGAGGUCAGAACUGCAGAGCCUCUGGAGCUCAGCAGCAGCUGCAGCCAGUGGGCAGGGUUUUGGAGUGGUGAUUAGCAAGAGGCUGUGACAAAGUGGAGUGAGCUCAGUUAAAGAGCCUUAAAUAAUCCAUCUUUAGCUGAGCCUGGAUGUAUGAGUUCAGUGGGUGCACGGCCAAAGAAAGGUGUCUGUGUGUUCCUCAGGUACUGCCUUUGCACUGUCUGCUUCUGGCAAGAUUCCUGGCUAGGAUGGUAGGUGUGUGUAACCUGACCUGGCAAUUCUUUUGGCUCAUGUCUGUCUUACCUGCCUCCAGAUCUGGUCUGCUGACUGCGUACAGCUUCCCCAAACAAAAGGUCUUUUGAUGCAGCCCAGCCAUUCCUAUGGUGACAUUUAUCAUCCUCUUUUUCCCAAGGCUCAUAAAAUAUUCCUAAAGGUGCACAGCCUGUGGGACCAUCAGAUGCUGCUGCUCUGCUGAACACCAGUCUGCAUGUGGCUGGACUUUCCUGUCUGCCUCUGCCUUUACCAGUAGAGACAGGGGCUGGGAGUGUGGGCUUCACAGUGGGUUUUGGGACAAGUG